AUGGAACCUAGUACGGAGCCCUGUGGGACUUCUAUUGAGACUGGAGAGAAUGAAGAAACGGCUAUGCCUAUUCAAACCGCGAAGGAGCGGUUCGACAGAACGCUAGUGAGGAAUGUAUGGCACCCUGUCAAAGGCUUUGCCAAAAUCUAUAAAGAUCGCGUGCGAAAUAUGACCUUCGUCAAAUACUAUCCAUUACGGUAA